AUGGCAUAUCUCUUGCGCAAGUCACAGGAAGAACGCUAUGGUAAGGAGAUAACAUGGCUGAAGAAGAGGAAAGGUCUCCCAGAAGGAAGUGAUCUGGGACCGCUCAAUCCACUUCUAGAUGCACAGAACAUACUUAGAGUAGGUGGUAGAUUAGACAGAAGCAGCAACUCAUACGAGAUGAAUCAUCCUGCAAUCGUUCCCAAUGGAUCAAGGCUAGCAUGGUUAAUUGUAAAUCACGCACACCACAACACAAAACAUGGUGCAGUACAGGUUAUGAUGCAAUUUGUAAGAGAGAAAUACUGGAUCCCGAAACUAAGGAGUGAACUAAGGGGCUAUUUGCACAAAUGUGUCGUAUGUGCAAGGUACAGUUGCAAACUGGGGCAACAGUUGAUGUCCGAGCUACCAGCAGAUAGAGUACAAAUAGGCAAGCCGUUCGUCCAUUGUGGUGUAGACUACGCAGGACCCUUUGAGAUCAAGAUGUUAGACAAAAAGGGCGAACAGAUAACACGAAGCAAGUGCUGGGUGGCAAUUUUUGUAUGUCUCAAAACAAGAGCUGUGCAUAUAGAUCUCGUCACAGAUCUAACCUCGCUAUCAUUUAUAGCAUGCUAUGAACGUUUUAUAGCCAGAAGAGGCAGAUGUGAAAGGAUGUAUAGUGACAACGGCACAACCUUUGUAGGUACCAACAACGAACUAAAAAGAGCUAUAGAUAAAUGGACAGGAGAUGCAACAAUAUCGCAUCUAAACAGCAAACACACUGAAUGGCAUUUCAUGACGCCAGCCGCUCCUCAUCAAGGCGGUAUUUACGAAGCAGCCGUAAAGUCCAUGAAGUAUCAUCUAAAGAGAGUCGUUGGGCUAAAGAAACUGUCCUAUGAGCAAAUGUCGACUCUAUUGACGCAAAUCGAAGCCAUACUCAACUCGAGGCCAAUCCAUCCACUGAGCGAUGACCCUUCAGAUGUACAGGCUCUUACACCUGCCCACUUUCUCGUAGGUGAGCCAACCAUAUUACCGAUUCCAUUUGAUGUCAGCGACCAGCCAGGUACCGCAGGAGUUAGACUCUGGAAGGAGCGCCAGAUGAUGCUCAAGCAUUUCUGGAAUAGAUGGAGCACCGAAUAUCUCGUCACUCUCCAACAGCGUAAGAAAUGGCGUAGAGAAAGAGAGAAGCUCCGCAUUGGGCAACUGGUGACCAUAGCUAGCGAAAACUUUCCACCAGCGCACUGGGCGUUAGGCAGAAUCCAUGAGCUCAUAACUAGCAAGGACGGAUUGGUAAGAUCUGUAGUUGUGCAGACGGAAACAGGUAAGCUUAGCCGACCAGUACAAAAAAUUUGUGUAAUUCCAAUAGAAUCAGAAAAACUUUUAAGUAAUGAUAUAAACAUGUUGUAA